CGUUGGGAAGUCAAGUUGGAACUGACGUGGAUUGCCGAUUGUGUACGAAUUUGGUUAGGUACUUUUUCUGCAUUUUUAAACAUAUUAACUUUAUAAGUAUAAAGUGCACACUUUUGGAAGACACGAAACUUUAAGGGCUUCUAAAGUAUACGUUAAUAAUUUUCUGUAAAAAUGUUGGACAGUUUAUUUGAUGAUGUGAAGCGUAUGAAUAAGCGGCAGUUUAUUUACCAAGUACUUAGUUUUGGUAUGAUAGUAUCAUCCGCUUUGAUGAUAUGGAAAGGCUUGAUGGUAGUCACAGGGAGUGAAAGUCCGAUUGUUGUUGUGCUGUCUGGAAGUAUGGAACCAGCUUUUCAUAGAGGAGAUCUUCUUUUCCUUACAAAUUACCCUGAAGAACCAGUGCGCGUAGGUGAAAUCGUAGUCUUCAAGGUGGAAGGCCGCGACAUUCCAAUUGUUCACAGAGUACUGAAAUUGCAUGAAAAGAAUAAUGGUACUGUAAAAUUUUUAACCAAAGGUGACAACAACAGUGUAGAUGACAGAGGUUUAUAUGCACAAGGCCAACUUUGGUUAACUAAGAAGGAUGUUGUUGGUCGAGCAAGAGGCUUUUUGCCAUAUGUAGGAAUGGUCACAAUAUAUAUGAAUGAAUAUCCUAAGUUUAAGUUUGCGGUUUUGGCUUGUCUAGCUGUUUAUGUGUUAGUGCAUAGGGAGUGACACUAUAAAGAAUAUUGUUUGAAAGAGUGGAAUCAAUCUCUUAAGUAUUUCCAAUGGACUGUGUGCGGCUGUAUUUAACAUUCUGAUUAAAUGGUGUUCUCUCUAAA